GAACCGGUCAGGGUCCAGUAAGAGCGCAUGCGCGGUGCGCGGCGAACGCAGCAGGUCUGACCAAGCCGCCGGCGCUGCUUUCGCGGGUCCCUGAGCCGCGGGCGGCCGGCUCUCUCCACUUGGCCAUGGCCCCGCCGUCGCUGUGCAGACCCCCGAGGCCGUGGCUGCUGCUGCUGCUGCUGCUGAACGUGGCGCUGCUGGGAGCCCAAGCCCGCGCCGAGCCCGCCACCGGUAGCUCCAUCCCUGCGCAGAGCCGCCCGUGCGUGGACUGUCACGCGUUCGAGUUCAUGCAGCGCGCCCUGCAGGAUCUGAGGAAGACGGCAUACAGCUUGGACACGCGGACUGAGGCCCUCCUGCUGCAGGCCGAGCGUCGCGCCCUGUGUGCCUGCUGGCCCGCCGGCCGCUGAGGACCCUCGCUGGUGCUGUCCCCAUCAAUAAAGGCCCAGCUCGGCA